AUGGGCAAGCUCACUGUAACUGCAGGUCUCUGUUUGGUCAUCGCCACCUUGGUCUCAGUCUCAACCGCAUCCAGAGCCCAUUCCUUGAGGCUGGUGUGUCACUUUAACCUCGAUGCUAAAAAUAGACCGACCUACGGGAAGUUCACGGUUUCAGAUAUCAAUCCGAACCUGUGUACCCACCUGAUCUUUGCCUCUGCUGACAUUAACAACCUAAAGCAUCUGGCCUACAACCAUCAAAAUGACGAAGAACACUAUUGGUCCUGUAAUGGACUCAAAGCCAGAAAUCCAAAGCUCAAAACCCUGCUGGCGGUUGGUGGCUCGACCUUUCACACACAAAAAUUCACUACAAUGGUGGCAACAGAAGCAAACAGAAAAACGUUCAUCGAAUCUGUUAUCAGACUACUGAGAUACUAUGGGUUUGAUGGGCUAAACGUUGACUGGAGGUACCCUGGAAGCGCAUACAAGCAGAAAUUCACACUGCUGUGCAAGGAGCUCAAGGAGGCCUUUUUGGCUGAGUCAAAACUAACUGGCCGUGACAGUUUAAUCGUCACUGCGAGUGUCUCUGCUAUGAAAGCAACCAUCGAUGCAUGUUAUGAAGUCACAGAGAUUGCCAAGCACUUGGAUUUCAUUAAUGUCAUGACAUAUGACUUUCAUGACUCCUCGGGACGUUUCACAAGACAUCACACCCCCUUAUACAAGGGAUUGCAAGACAAUGGAGACAAUAUAUACUUGAACGCUGCUUAUGCCAUGUGGUACUGGAAGAACAGGGGAGCACCUAAAUACAAGCUAAACUUGGGGAUUGCGUUACAUGGGAAGACUUUUACGCUCUCCUCUACAUCCAGUCAUCUUGGAGCAUCAGUUAAUGGUCCUGGUAAAGGAGGCUCAUACACCAAUACAGCCGGAUUAUUGGCCUAUUAUGAGAUUUGCCAUUUUCUUCCUGGUGCUACAGUCCAGUUCAUUCCUGAUCAGAAAGUUCCAUAUGCCACUAAAGGAGAUCAGUGGGUUGGAUAUGACAACAACUACAGCCUUGUUCAUAAGGUCAAAUUUAUUAAAAACAACGGCUUUGGAGGUGCCUUUCUCACGUCUUUGGACCUGGAUGACUUUAGUGGAUAUUUCUGUAAGCAGGGCAACUACCCUUUCACCAGCCACCUGCAUUCUCUCCUGAUUCCAGCACUUAUUACAACUGUUGGGAUGGAGCAGGCCACAUCCAAAAAUGCCCAGGAGAUUUGGUCUUUAGACAAUACAGUCAAAGCUGUGACUACCCAACAACCACCACCACUGAAAACCCCUGUUAUGGAAGGCUAUAUGGGCUCUACCCCCACCCUCGUGACCCACAUUGUUAUUACAACUGUGGUCAUGGAAUAG